AGCGCGAGAGCCAGAGAGUCAGUGCGCUACGAGCCGGCGAGACGCGAGUAUGUACGCCAGUGCCAGUGCGAGUGACAGUGCAGUGUGAGGUACAGUGUCAGUGACAGCAUGCCGGGCUAAGAUGCACUUCAGGAUCGCGGCAGUGCUACUGCUCCUGGUGCUGCAGAUCACGUCAUCCCGGGCCGACAGGACAAAUGAACGAAAUCAAACCUCUGAAGCGAGACUCCGGCGCCAUGACAGCGAAGAAAGGACUUCCGGAAGGAGAUGGACGACCUCUCGUAACAGCCCUUACCAGAAGAUCGUGUCCAGUUAUGAACGAGACCCAGAAACGAGCUCGGAGCAGGCGGAGACGAGCGCCGCCGAGGUCCUGGAUGAGGCCAAGGCGAAGAGUCCCAAGAGAAAACAGUGGAGGACGAAUGCAUCAUCCCAUGACCAGAUACCAUCUGAGACUUCCUCUGACGGCGAGAACCAGAAGGUCGAACCUGAGAAAUCCUCGACGGAAGCGACUGCCCCAAACGUGCAGAGGAGUAAAAAACUGUCGGCAACAAACAAUCGAAGGCGCUCUGCUUCUAGUCAGCCUCGGGAGCUGAGUCCUGAAUUUUAUACAGAAAUUAGCAUUCCCAGUUCCAAGAAGAGACGUCGUCCAGUUUCAGCUCUCAGUACCACAACACUCGCGCCACAAACCAUGUCAGACUCUCUCUACCAGUACUUCAGACCGCUAGAUCAAGAUGUCCCUCAAGAUGACAUAAUUCCUUUUUUAGAUUUUGGUCGAAAGCUAUCUCCUGUACUUCCAACCCCUAGUGGUGCGAACGGUGCUAAUUCCAUAGAUAACAAAUCUGUUAUUACAAAACCAAGAUCGAGAAUUCACCAUGAAGAGAAGGAAAGUAAACCUUCCGACGAAGAAAUACUUCAAGAGGACAUGGAUGUUACUGUAGUAAAAAAAGCCAUUGAGAGGAACUCUGUGCCAAGAGAAAAGCUUCACGUUAGGGAACAAGGUAUAUCCGAUUAUUAUAAGAAACGAGUACCAGCUCAGAUAAGAACAACUGAAAAUCUUGUAAGUACCUCAGAUUCCUCGACUGUAUCUUCCGUACCUGGCUCCAAAAUGGUUGGCUUAUACAAAAAGAAUCGUCAUCAAAUUCAUCACAUAGACACUUCUAAGAUUCGUGAAGAGACACAUCAAAGACUGUUAUCUGAGUCAAAGAAUACAUUUGAGAAUAAAGAUGUAGAACUUAUUCAACAUAAGAGAAGGCAAAUCUUAUCAAGACCAAUACAAAGAUUAGCAGCUAUAAAACAAGAAACACCUAGUUCUCCUUUGACAGCAGAGUCUAGCCUAGUGAAGACAAUUAUCAAAGAACCACCCACGCAAAGUAGUACCGAGCGAGUAUCAUCCAGUCGCCCAACUGUCACAAGUGUUAAUACCACUGUACGAAAUAAGCUUAAAGAUACGGCCUUAUCCAUGCCUUCACAGACAAAUAUUACUUCAAUUUUACAAGGAAAAAACAGUACCAACAGUACCGACUUGCAACCAGUACCUAAAAUCUUAUCUACGGCGGUUGUAACGUCGGUAUCCAUAGAGGAAGCGUUACAGGAGGCCAAAGAACAUUCUGCGGUGGAAUCCCUAGGUAGAGAAACCAGUUCUAUAAAUAUAACCAACUCCGCUAAUAAUGCAUCUAUGGAUAAUCUGGAAAAUAAAAACCCAGAUCCCUCAGAACCUCCAACAAUAACUGUUAUGUCGUCACAGCACCAUAAAAAUAACAAAACCAUCUCUUCGGAUCCUUCUGCUAACACAACUAAACAACCCACAAUUGUUCCAAAGUCUACUGUUGUUAAAAAUGAUUCUAGCCUUAGGUCAAGAGAAAUAUACAGACCGAAAGCGGUACCUCCUGGAAUACCACAUUUACCUCGCCAAAUCCCAACACAUAUGCCUCAAAGAAACGUACCCUCAAAAGUGGCAAGUGGUCCUAAUGCUUCUGCUUCAGUAGCCGUUAACAGCACUACGACAGCAGCUGGUUUAAUACCGCAUUCUGCCAUGACAAGUACAAACCCACCGUCGACUACAGCUCAUGUGCCUUCAACCCCUGUAACUACCGAAGCUUCAACGACUCCAACAGAGCAUACUGUUAUAAUUACAAAACCAUUAACAACAGUGACUCCAGUCACCACCUCGACUCCUCGAUACGUCUCAACCGAUAUCGAUUUUCACAGUGGAGUAGUAACUGAUGUCAUUGAUGUCAACAACACGUUUUCUCUUGACCCAACAGAAUUGACUACACUUAAAAAUGAAUCUGAAUACAAUGUAAUUAAAAAUUCUACUAAAACAGAUAUUGAACAAGAUUCAGGUUCUGCAGCCGUAUUUGAGCAGACUUCGUUUAAUAUUGAGGAAGAAAUCGGUCCAUCAGAAGAAACUGUUACUAAUGUUGACACACAAUCAGUGAACUCACCAAAGACACAGAUCCCAGAGAUCCAGACCACCAACUCACCGGCUCGACCGUCCGCUGAGGAGGAGCAAGAUCAGUUCCCCAUCUACUUCACGACACUCCCAGCGAUGACGGUGCCAGUCGUGGACACGAGGCCGGGGACUGAGGCCGCAGUGGUCGUGGAGGAGGAACGGAAGAAUGGAACAUCACCACGGCCGGGGCAAGAGUGGGCGAAAGUAGGUGCUGUAAAUAAAGAUGUGGAAGUUGUGUACCCAGAGACUCUAGGGUUGACGGCUUACCUCCUGGCGGCCCUUGGAGUGGUCCCUAUCAUCCUGGGAGCUCUUAUAGGUGCAAGGUUCAUCUUGGCCCACAACAAGAAAAAGGUGCUGGACGAGUCUGAGUAUUCCUCCGAGUACAACAGAAGUCCGCUAGGUAUCUCCACCGUCUCGCCGCUGCCUACAAAGCUGCCUAGGAUACCCACACAUGUUAACUGGAAUGGUGGUGGCGGAGGAGGUGGGGGUGGAGGUGAGGCCGAAAAGAGCGUCACCAGCCCUGUGCCUCCAUCACCAUCCACGCGGUGGGAGUUCCCCAGGGAAAAGCUGCGCCUGCAGACCGUGCUGGGGCAGGGUAAUUUUGGUCAGGUGUGGAAAGCCGAAGCAGAUGACAUCGCAGGUCAUGAAGGUCUGACGCGCCUUGUGGCGGUCAAGACGGUGAAGGAGUCAGAGAACCCUCGAGAACGCGAGGACUUGCUCAGAGAACUCGGUAUCAUGCAAGAGCUCGGCUCUCACCCUAACGUGGUCACUCUCCUUGGCUGCUGCACCGAAAAAGAACCCAUAUAUUUGGUGAUGGAGUACGUGAUGUACGGCAAGUUAUUGUCUUUCCUGAGAGACUACAGGACGCGAGCCCAUUACUACAACUUCUCUGACGCUGGGGACGCCCUCACCUCUAGGGACCUGACAGUAUUCGGCUACUGUGUGGCACGCGGCAUGGACUACCUCUCCAACAAGUGUAUUAUCCACAGAGAUCUGGCAGCGAGGAACGUCUUAGUAGAUCACAAUAAGCUGUGCAAGAUAGCAGACUUUGGGAUGUCCCGUAAUGUUCGAGAUACAGGGCAGAUAUAUGAACAAAGACAAAGCAAGGGUGCUUUGCCUAUUCGGUGGAUGGCUCCAGAGUCUUUGCACUUUAGCCUGUUCACACAUAAGACUGACGUCUGGAGUUUUGGGAUCCUUAUGUGGGAGAUUGUCACUUUGGGAUCGACGCCCUAUGCGACAAUGGGAGCUCGAGAGGUGAUGAGGAGAGUGAGAGACGGCUACAGGCUGGAUAGACCCAGCCACUGCCGACCUGAGCUGUUCCGAAUGAUAGCUCAAUUUCGAGAGGUGAUGAGGAGAGUGAGAGACGGCUACAGGCUGGAUAGACUGAGCCACUGCCGACCUGAGCUGAUCGACGCCCUAUGCGACAAUGGGAGCUCGAGAGGUGAUGAGGAGAGAUCGACGCCCUAUGCGACAAUGGGAGCUCGAGAGGUGAUGAGGAGAGUGAGAGACGGCUACAGGCUGGAUAGACCCAGCCAUUGUCGACCUGAGCUGUUCCGACUGAUAGCUCAAUGCUGGCACUCGGAGCCGGUUAAGAGGCCGAGUUUUGCCGAGCUCAAGGUGGAACUCGGGCAACUGCUCAGCGACUCCGAGCUGAAACGCCUUAGGUCAAGAGAAAUAUACAGACCGAAAGCGGUACCUCCUGGAAUACCAUAUUUACUACCUCGCCAAAUCCCAACACAUAUGCCUCAAAGAAACGUACCCUCAAAAGUGGCAAGUGUUCCUAAUGCUUCUGCUUCAGUAGCCGUUAACAGCACUACGACAGCAGCUGGUUUAAUACCGCAUUCUGCCAUGACAAUCGUGGACACGAGGCCGGGACUGAGGCCGCAGUGGUCGUGGAGGAGGAACGGAAGAAUGGAACAAUCACCACGGCCGGGGCAAGAGUGGGCGAAAGUGGGUGCUGUAAAUAAAGAUGUGGAAGUUGUGUACCCAGAGACUCUAGGGUUGACGGCUUACCUCCUGGCGGCCCUUGGAGUGGUCCCUAUCAUCCCUGGGAGCUCUUAUAGGUGCAAGGUUCAUCUUGGCCCACAACAAGAAAAAAGGUGGUGGGUACAGGUGCUGGACGAGUCUGAGUAUUCCUCCGAGUACAACAGAAGUCCGCUAGGUAUCUCCACCGUCUCGCCGCUGCCUACAAAGCUGCCUAGGAUACCCACACAUGUUAACUGGAAUGGUGGUGGCGGAGGAGGUGGGGGUGGAGGUGAGCCGAGAAAGAGCGUCACCAGCCCUGUGCCUCCAUCACCAUCCACGCGGUGGGAGUUCCCCAGGGAAAAGCUGCGCCUACAGACCGUGCUGGGACAGGGUAAUUUUGGUCAGGUGUGGAAAGCCGAAGCAGAUGACAUCGCAGGUCAUGAAGGUCUGACGCGCCUUGUGGCGGUCAAGACGGUGAAGGAGUCAGAGAACCCUCGAGAACGCGAGGACUUGCUCAGAGAACUCGGUAUCAUGCAAGAGCUCGGCUCUCACCCUAACGUGGUCACUCUCCUUGGCUGCUGCACCGAAAAAGAACCCAUAUAUUUGGUGAUGGAGUACGUGAUGUACGGCAAGUUAUUGUCUUUCCUGAGAGACUACAGGACGCGAGCCCAUUACUACAACUUCUCUGACGCUGGAGACGCCCUCACCUCUAGGGACCUGACAGUAUUCGGCUACUGUGUGGCACGCGGCAUGGACUACCUCUCCAACAAGUGUAUUAUCCACAGAGAUCUGGCAGCGAGGAACGUCUUAGUAGAUCACAAUAAGCUGUGCAAGAUAGCAGACUUUGGGAUGUCCCGUAAUGUUCGAGAUACAGGGCAGAUAUAUGAACAAAGACAAAGCAAGGGUGCUUUGCCUAUUCGGUGGAUGGCUCCAGAGUCUUUGCACUUUAGCCUGUUCACACAUAAGACUGACGUCUGGAGUUUUGGGAUCCUUAUGUGGGAGAUUGUCACUUUGGGAUCGACGCCCUAUGCGACAAUGGGAGCUCGAGAGGUGAUGAGGAGAGUGAGAGACGGCUACAGGCUGGAUAGACCCAGCCAUUGUCGACCUGAGCUGUUCCGACUGAUAGCUCAAUGCUGGCACUCGGAGCCGGUUAAGAGGCCGAGUUUUGCUGAGCUCAAGGUGGAACUCGGGCAACUGCUCAGCGACUCCGAGCUGAACGGUAGCUACGUGGACCUGGACAGCUUCGCAGACGAGAUGCGACGUGACUCGUUACACAGGCACCACUGACCUGCACUUGUGAUACACUAACUCGCUCCACUCUCUUGCUACUUACAACCUUGUCAGUUAUAAAUCUGUUUAUGGCUAGGAAUGAAAUCGCUAUUUAAAAUUUGCCGUUUUGUUAGUUCUAAUUGUCAUCCUAAAGUCUAAGUUGAUUUAGUGACAUCGUCGAAAGAUCUUAUGAAAUUCAGGAGUAUACAAUUUUUAAGUAUUUCUGAGUACAAAUUUUCAUCUUAACAUCUGAAAACUAAAAGUAAUGUAAUUUUUCAGGAAAGACAUCCACUUCUGCGAAUGCAAUAAUUUUGUGUGAAAGUGGAAUAAUACAUUGGACAAAUUAGUGUUAAAAUCUAAAUAAUAUGUUGAACACCUCUUAUCAAUUUUGUUUGAAUAGCGUUGAAUAGUUGAUUUGUAACUACUGGAAGUUUGUAUUGUGUGAGCUGUAAAAGUAGCAUUUGAGUGGUAUUUAUGUAUACAGUAUUUUACUUUUACUAAACAAUUUGAUAUACUAUUGAUUCACGUGUAAAAUGUUUGUAAAUAAUGCAGCCAUUUUAAUUUUAAUAACUGUAUAAAUAGUUUUUAAUAUCACAUAUUAUAUUAUUUGCAUGAGUGCAUUUCUAUUCUACAGUACAGGCCACUAUGUGCUACUUAUUUCCCAGUGUAGCAACUCUAAACUGUUUUAUGAAGUUGUAAGUUAUGUGUCCCUUGAUAUUAAUAGCUAUAAAUAUUUCUGAUACAAUGUAUAAAUUAAUUAUACAUCUUUAAUGUGUUUAGAAAAGUCAAUAUGUAUAAAUUUCAUAGCAAAACUCCUAUUAUAAAACAGUUGGAGAUCCGUGAGCUGGGAAACACUUUUCUUCUAGUCCUUAAUGUUGCCUAUUUUGACUACCAAAAAUUUUUUUAAUCUAUAUUUUAUUUGUUUAUCUAUUUCAACUAUAAUUAACAGCUUUUUUGUAUAUAUAGUAUUAUAAUUGGCCAGUUGUUUGAUGUUGAAAUAUAAACCCAAAUCUAA